CAACCUGCAACAGUCAAUUUCUUACCUUUACAAUGUUUUUGUUUUUAUUUUGGUUUAGACAUUUUGCUUGCCGUUAAAAGCUGAAUCUUUGAUUAGCAUUCAGUUAUAUCCAGCCAUAAUAUAGUUCUUCCAACGGCCUCCUUCAGCCCUGCUUUAGCUGUAGCGCAUCAUCGCAUCACGCUCCGAACCGGCCCCGUCCAGCACAAGCAUCGCCAUGUCAGCGCAAUCCCCUCGCAAGAAGUGCGGCGUCCUCGGCUGCACUGGCUCCGUCGGCCAGCGCUUCAUCCUCCUGCUCCAGGGCCACUCGACGCUCGAGCUGCACGCCAUCGGCGCAUCGUCGCGCUCCGCCGGCAAGAAGUACAAGGACGCCGUGCGAUGGAAGCAGGCCUCGCCCAUUGGCGACGUCGCUGACAUGGUCGUGCGGGAGUGCCGCCCGGACGAGUUCAAGGACUGCGACGUGGUGUUUAGCGGGCUCGAUUCCGAUGUCGCGGGCGAUGUUGAAAUGGCCUUCCUCAAGGCCGAAAUCCCCGUCUUCUCAAACGCCAAAAACUACCGCCGCGACCCCCUCGUCCCGCUCGUCGUGCCCACCGUCAACCUGCCUCACCUCGACCUCAUCCCCCACCAGCGCUCCGUCCACAAGCUGUCCAAGGGCUUCCUCGUCUGCAACUCCAACUGCGCCGUCAUCGGGCUCGUCAUCCCCUUCGCCGCCCUGCAGGCCGCCUUUGGCCCUAUCGCCACCGUCAGCAUCGUCACCAUGCAAGCCGUCUCGGGCGCGGGCUACCCGGGCGUGUCCAGCAUGGACAUCAUGGACAACGUCGUGCCCUUUAUCCAGGGCGAGGAGGACAAGCUCGAGACCGAGGCCAGGAAGAUCCUCGGCGCCAUUGACGAGGGGCGCACUGCGUUUGUCGAGCAGAGCGGCCUGCGCGUCUCGGCGUCGUGCAACCGCGUGGCCGUCAUGGACGGUCACACUGCUUGCGUGAGCCUCAAGUUUGAGCGCCAGCCGCCUCCUUCGCCGGAGGAGUGCAAGGCGGCUCUGCGGGCGUACGUUUCCGAGGCUCAGAAGCUGGGAUGUCCCUCUGCGCCUAACCCGCCCAUCAAGGUCUUUGACGAGGACGACCGGCCGCAGCCGAGACUGGAUCGUGAUUUGGGCAGAGGAUACACGGUUAGCGUGGGCAGAGUGCGUGCUGACGAGAGUGGUAUCUUUGAUUUGAAGUUUGUUGCGUUGAGCCACAACACGGUUAUUGGAGCGGCUGGCUCAUCUAUACUGAAUGCUGAGGCUGCCAUUCUCAAGGGCUAUAUCUAAUCACACUUUUUUCAAGACUUCCUUCUCCUUUUUGGACCUGUGUAUGUGUAUACAUAUCAAAAGUUAUCCGGUUGAAUAGAUGAAUAUUCCGAUGCAAACAGAUGUUGGCCUCUGCACAUGAUAUCUCAUAAGAUCAUGCAUUAAUCUCGAUUGAGGAUGAUAGUUUGCUGUUGACACUGUGAUAUACUAGAUACUUCUGAAUAUAAUCAGGUCUGGAUACUGCAUAUGUGG